UUUUUUUUUUGGACUUAUGUAUCUUUUAUUAGAAACCUUUUGUUCAUGGCAGGGUCUGGCUGACCCCUAAUCACUUGAUGACUGUAAAUACUUUAUGUACAUGGCCCCCAAACUUAUCAGCAUUGUUUAAAGUGGCCAAAAAUUUACUGGAAAUUUCUGUAGAAAAUAAUCAACUUGACAAUUUAGCUGACAGUGCAAUAUUGUUGUUGUUUUUUUGUUGUUUUUUGUGUGUCUCUUCUAUUCAAGCAUGAAGUGUAUUCAAAAUCCAUCAAAAAUAAAUAAAGUCCAAAUAUUUGAUUGGAAAUUCCUUAAGGGAAAUGUGAAUCAUGUCUUCUAACAAUAAUCAUAAUUGUCUAUGAUUAUUAAAUUUACAAAGGAUUUUUCAUUAAAUGAAAAAAGGACAAUCCUGAGUGUCCUCUUCAUGAGACUCUUAUACAAUAUGAGUGUCUUCAGUCAGAGGCUUCUUCAUAUGCCCUGUAAUACUGACUGCUAGAUCCUUCCAGCUCACAGUCAUGAGGAACACUUUAAUAACCUAUGACUUAAAACGAUAUUUAAUUUCCCUCUGGAAUCAAUCAUAUUAAUUAUUAAUUUAAUUAGUAAUAUUAAAUGUGAUUAAUAAAAUGUUUUUAAUUUAGCGCUGUAAUAUUAACUGGGGUGCUAUUUUUAAAGUAUAAUAAUUUCAAAAGUGUUAAAUCUAAACUGCACCCGUCUCAUUAACAAAGAGCAGCACUUCUCUCAAGCGGCGCGACAUUUUGCGACACAAUACGACAACCCUUUACCACUUGUUUCCGAGGUAACACGAUUGCGUAGACAGCCGGCUCUCACCAGCGAUUGGCUAGCUGCAGACCGUAAAGCCCAGCGGCGUUCUGCUUGUCCUAGCUUAGGUGGCUAAACAGUAAACACCGAUAAUUUAGUGGCGGCGUUUCUGACACGUCGCUGUUAGAGCCGGUUUAUUUGUUAAAGCAUCAAAAUGGCUGAAAAGUUCGACAAUCUCGAGGAGCACCUGGAGAAAUUCAUCGAGAACAUUCGGCAACUGGGAAUCAUCGUCAGCGACUUCCAGCCGAGCAGCCAGGCGGUUCUGAACCAGAAACUGAACUUCAUGAUAUCUGGGCUACAAGACAUCGAUAAGUGUCAAAAGCAGCUUCAUGACAUCAACGUCCCUCUGGAGGUGUUCGAGUACAUCGACCAAGGCCGAAACCCACAGCUGUACACCAAGGAAUGUCUGGAGAGAGCCUUGGCAAGGAACGAGCAGGUCAAAGGGAAGAUAGACACCAUGACGAAAUUCAAGAGCCUCUUGAUUUCCGAGCUCAGCAAAGUUUUUCCCGAGGAAAUGGCCAAAUAUAAGGAUAUACGUGGAGAAGAUGGGCCUUCCUAGUGUCUGCAGCUCACGACCCUCUCCCCGACCUUCACCCUGUGACCCGUCCUGUAUGGAAGGUCUGAAUGAAGAUCCAGAACGCUUCUCAUUUCUGCAACACAUCGUGCGGCUGCUGACGGUGAUGAAGGUCGUAGGUCAGAGCAGAACCCCGGCCCCGUCAGCCAUUACCUUCUUGUAGAUUGAAACUUAUUUAAAACCAUUGUUUUUGGAGAAACGUCACUUUAACGCCUUGGAUGUGUUGUGAGAGUGUGAACUCAUUUUCUUCAUUCAGCUUUAAGUUUUACAGAGAGAAACGUUCCACAGCUCAUUUCUAAGUAUGAGGGAAGAGACUCCCAUCGGGUUCACAGACUGUAUAUUUAUACCUGUAUUUUUUAUAACGCUUCUUUAUCAUUGUGCAAACUCAUGAGAUUUUGUAUCAAGCUCAGGAUACUAAAGGCCAUGGUGAUUGAAUGGAGAUGUUUUUUGACAAUAACUUUGUGCCUCAGCGUACAAUCUUUGUCACGUGUUUAUAUUGUAAUGUUUAAUAAAUCCAUUUUUUGUAUGCUGAAACGGUAGCAUUUGUAAAGUAUGAGGAAAUAAAUUCUUUGAAGAUAAAUUGAA